AUGGCCAGGGAGAUUACGGUGCGACAGCUGUCUGGGGAGGAAGACUCCUUCGUAGUGUCCACCCACACGACCAUCCGUGAGUUCAAGAGGCAGCUGCAUGCGUGGCUGCCCUGCGAAGAUGAAUCAAAGCGAAACAUGAGCUCGGUGGAGGUGGUUGUCGGAGGCAAGCCCCUAUUGGGCAAAGAGGAGCUAGUUUCAGCGGCCAUUCCAGGUACAGAAGUCCUGGCUUUCCUCAGCAUCCAGCCGGUGACGUGCAGCAGCUUCUCAAAUUCCGGCCGCGACCCUGAUGAUGUUCGUGUACUGGAAAUUCCCGGAGACGUGAUUCAGAUUGAGGCUCAUGCCUUCCGUGACUGCAGCUCAUUGGCAAAGGUGACCAUGCCGAAUUCCGUCAACGUGGUUGGAGAUUGUGCCUUCAAGGACUGCAGCUCAUUGGCAAGCGUGACCAUUCCCAACUCCGUGACUAGGAUUGGAUUCUGUGCCUUUCAAGGUUGCAUCUCAUUGGCGAGCGUGACCAUUCCCGACUCCGUCACUGAUAUUGGAGAUUGUGCCUUUGAAGGUUGCAGCUCAUUGGCAAAGGUGACCAUUCCCAACUCCGUGACUAGGAUUGGGUUCUGUGCCUUUCAAGGUUGCAGCUCAUUGGCGAGCGUGACCAUUCCCGACUCCGUGACUUGUCUUGGAGAUUGUGCCUUCCGGGACUGCAGCUCAUUGGCAGAGGUGACCAUGCCGAAUUCCGUCAACGUGGUUGGAGAUUGUGCCUUCAAAGACUGCAGCUCAUUGGCAAUUGUGACCAUUCCCAACUCCGUGACUAGGAUUGAAAAACAAGCCUUUCAAGGCUGCCGCUCAUUGGCAAGCGUGACCAUUCCCAUCUCCGUGACUAGGAUUGGGUUGUGUGCCUUUCAAUGUUGCAGCUCAUUGGCGAGCGUGACCAUUCCCGACUCCGUGACUUGUCUUGGAGAUUGUGCCUUCCGUGACUGCAGCUCAUUGGCAGAGGUGACCAUGCCGAAUUCCGUCAACGUGGUUGGCGAUUAUGCCUUUCAAGGCUGCCGCUCAUUGGCAAGCGUGACCAUUCCCAUCUCCGUGACUAGGAUUGGGUUGUGUGCCUUUCAAUGUUGCAGCUCAUUGGCAAGUGUGACCAUUGCCAACUCCGUGACUAGGAUUGGAUUCUGUGCCUUUCAAGGUUGCAUCUCAUUGGCGAGCGUGACCAUUCCCAACUCCGUCACUGAUAUUGGAGAUUGUGCCUUUGAAGGUUGCAGCUCAUUGGCAAAGGUGACCAUUCCCAACUCCGUGACUAGGAUUGGGUUCUGCUCUGCGACUUGUAUUGGAGAACGGCUUUUGAAGGCUGCAUCUUUUCGGAGUCGGAUCGGACUUGAAGACUUUGUAGCUUCCAGCCAACGGAGGUCGUCGGUCUCGAUUCUCGUGCAAUGCCGCAGGGUUCAGUGA